AUGCUUUGGACUAAACAAUACGCUUUAUUUACGAGACUCGGCAUUCGCAGAUUCAGCGCGCUUUCUAUUGCUGAAAAGUUUACAAUUACGCCCGAGAUUAAGGAUGCUUUAAAGAGAAAUGGACCAGUGGUAGCAUUAGAAUCAACCAUCAUUAGUCAUGGUAUGCCAUAUCCACAAAAUGUUGAAACAGCACGUUCAGUUGAAGCCAUCGUUCGAGAACAAGGAGCUAUUCCAGCCACCAUUGCCAUUCUGAAUGGAAAAGUGCAUAUUGGUUUGAAUGACGAUCAACUUGAUUAUUUUGGUAAAAAUGGGCCUGCAGCUAUCAAAGCUUCACGACGCGAUUUACCCGUGGUCCUUGCUCAGGGAAAGUCAGGAGCUACAACAGUGGCUAGCACAAUGAUAUUGGCCAGAGCUGCAGGUAUUUCUGUCUUCGUCACAGGCGGUAUAGGUGGUGUUCACAGAGGCGCUUCAGAAUCCUUUGAUAUUAGUGCCGAUUUAACAGAGCUAGGAAGAACACCCGUAGCUGUUGUUUGUGCAGGUGUAAAGAGUAUUUUGGAUAUACCAAAAACAUUGGAAGUAUUGGAAACACAAGGAGUAACUGUUGCGACGAUUGGUACAACGAGACAGUUUCCUGCCUUUUAUACGGCAAACAGUGGAUUUGAUAGUCCAUAUCAUGUUGAAACGGCUCAAGAUGCAGCAAAGAUAAUUUUGGCCAAUCAUGAACUUCAGAUGAACAGUGGUGUUGUGUUUGCUGUUCCUAUACCCAAAGAGUCAGCAGCUGAUACCAAAUCUAUUCAAGAGGCUAUAGAUACAGCUAUAGCUGAAGCAAGAGCUGAAAAUAUCAAAGGCAAAGAAGAGACACCAUUUUUACUGAAAAGAAUAACCGAGCUUACUAAGGGUGAAUCUCUUUCAGCUAAUAUUGCACUUGUAAAAAACAAUGCAAAGAUAGGAGGACAGAUUGCAGUUAAAUUAUCUCAAUUAAACCAACAAAUAUAA